AUGUCGAGAGCUCGAGUUUACGCUGACAUCAACGUUCAUCGGCCCAGAGAGUACUGGGACUACGAAUCUCACACCGUUCAGUGGGGUGAUCAGAAUGACUAUGAGGUUGUUCGAAAGGUUGGGAGAGGGAAAUACAGCGAGGUCUUCGAAGGUGUCAAUGUCACGAAUAAUGAUAAGUGCGUUAUCAAAAUCCUGAAGCCUGUCAAGAAAAAGAAGAUAAAGAGGGAGAUUAAGAUACUGCAGAACCUCUGUGGAGGGCAGAACAUAGUGAAGCUGCUCGAUAUCGUCAGAGAUCAUCACUCAAAAACCCCGAGCCUGAUUUUUGAGUAUGUGAAUAGUACAGAUUUUAAAGUUCUGUACCCAACAUUCACGGACUAUGACAUUCGCUACUAUAUAUAUGAGCUUCUUAAGGCACUAGAUUACUGCCAUUCCCAGGGCAUAAUGCAUAGAGAUGUAAAACCGCACAAUGUGAUGAUUGACCAUGAGCUGCGCAAAUUACGGUUGAUAGACUGGGGGUUGGCGGAGUUCUACCACCCUGGCAAAGAAUACAAUGUCAGAGUAGCUUCUAGGUACUAUAAGGGGCCAGAACUCCUUGUUGAUUUACAGGACUAUGAUUAUUCUCUUGACAUGUGGAGUCUAGGCUGUAUGUUUGCAGGCAUGAUUUUUAGGAAGGAAACAUUUUUUUAUGGUCGCGACAACCACGACCAGCUUGUAAAAAUUGCUAAGGUUCUUGGUACAGAUGAAUUAUAUGCAUAUUUAAACAAGUAUAACUUGGAGCUGGAUCCCCAACUUGAAACCCUUGUUGGCAGGCACAGCAGGAAACCGUGGUCCAAAUUUAUCAAUCCUAAUAACCAACAUCUGAUUUCUCCGGAGGCCAUUGAUUUCCUUGAAAAGCUGCUUCGCUAUGACCAUCAAGACAGGGUUACAGCAAAGGAAGCAAUGGCUCAUCCCUAUUUCCAUCAAGUGAGAGCAGCAGAGAACAGCCGAAUGCGGACACAAUAA